AUGUUGACAUUCGAGCUGCUCGCACGCACCAAAGCGGCAGUCAGCCAAAAGCAGUUCUACAGCAACACCACCUCCAUGUCGAAGCCCAUCCAGCGCCUGACGCUCUUCAAGAUCGCUGAUAUGGCGAACCAGAAGAAGCUGCUGGAGUACUACAAAGCUUUACCGACAAAGGCCGAUGGCAAGCCGUACAUCAAGUCAAUCAUGGCCGGGCUCACCAAGGAGGACCAGCGUAACCAGGGCUACACGGUGGCAGCCAACACGACGUUUGCGUCGAUCGAGGACAUGGCCUACUACGACAACAAUUGUGCCGCGCAUGCCGAGGUCAAGGAUUUUGCCAGACCGGUGACGCAGGACAUCCUGAUGGUGUAUUUCGAGAACGAGAUGCUGUAG